AUGGCAAUCUGUCACUUGAGCCGAGGCGAGAAAGCGUGUCGCCGCAUGGUCCGUCGCGUACCGCCAGAGGUCCAGGCACGUCCCCACUCGUGCCCCUCGCCAAAAAGACGACCUUCAACGGCCGUGUUCGUUAUCGUGACCUCUGGUACCAUAUACGUGUACUUGAUAGAUGUGCCCAAUGCAUUAGAACGUAUGUUAGAUUCACAAGAUAGGGUUGACACUGAAUUUUCGAGCGCACGAUAUGAUGAUAUAAUAGUUGAUACGGAUAACGCACAGCUGAUCCAAACGGCCGCGUUCCCCCACGCGCCCGCUCAAUCCCCGCAUUCGCCCAGCACCGGUUCUAAUUCCAAUGUCAUUCCUGUAAAUAAUACUUAUCGAACUACUCGUUCUGGCAGGGUAGUACGACCUCCUGAUCGGUGGGGAUUUGCAGCCGCGUCG